UUGCGUCUGUGUUAUUAAUUAUACGCUGUGAGGCAUUUCGAAAGAGUCGCGCAGCGAGUGGAUUUGCUCGGGACCGUUGUAUUGUAAAUUGACAAUUUGCGUCUGCUGUGCUGGUUGCUGUUAGGAGCUGGAAGAGAAACGGAAUGAGGAUAAAUACGAAAAACAAGUCGUAGUGAUUCACCGAGAGAAGAAAAUAUACGGUUUUGUGUUUCAGGUUUUAUAAAAUUGGAAGAAAACAACGGAUCUUAUAAACGGAAACGGGACCGAAGAGGCAGAUUGCUGGAGUGCAGAUUGCAAGACAGUUGCUGGAGUGUUCGUGAGGGUGUGUCUGUUUCUCCCACCCCGUAAUCUCGCACCACCAUGAGCUGGGGCUUCCUGACACAGCUGCUUGAGGAGAUCCACAACCACUCCACCUUCGUGGGGAAGCUGUGGCUGACCGUGCUCAUCGUGUUCCGCAUCGUGCUGACGGUCGUGGGCGGCGAGUCCAUCUACUACGACGAGCAGAGCAAUUUCGUGUGCAACACGGCCCAGCCGGGCUGCGAGAACGUCUGCUACGAUGCCUUUGCCUCGCUCUCCCACGUGCGCUUCUGGGUCUUCCAGAUCAUCCUGGUGGCCACGCCCUCCGUCAUGUACCUGGUCUACGCCGUGCACAAGAUCGCCCGCAGCGAGGAGGGGCGCGGCUGCCGGCAGGGAGGCUUCGGCUGCGACAGGAAGCAGAGACACAAGCUGUUUGGGGCGGGCAGGAAGCAGCACCGCGGCAUCGAGGAGACCGAAGAGGACAACGAGGAGGAGGACCCCAUGAUCUACGAGGAGCCCGAGCUGGAGAGCCGCAGCGAGGGGAACGGCGCCGCGGCGCUGACCAGGACCACGCCGGAGAAGGCAGGGCGGCACGACGGGCGGCGGCGCAUCAAAGAGGACGGGCUGAUGAAGAUCUACGUGAUGCAGCUGCUGGCACGCACCUCCCUGGAGGCGGGCUUCCUCGGGGGGCAGUACGCCCUGUACGGCUUCAAGGUGUCCCCCGCCUACGUGUGCGAGCGCAGCCCCUGCCCCUACAAGGUGGACUGCUUCAUCUCGCGCCCCACCGAGAAGACCAUCUUCCUGCUCAUCAUGUACGCCGUCACCCUGCUCUGCCUGGUCCUCAACCUGUGGGAGAUGCUGCACCUGGGCUUGGGCACCAUUCACGAUGUCCUGCGCAGCAAACGCCAGCCCCCCGAGGAGGGGUACCACCUCCCCCAGCCCCCCGGGGCCCCCGCCAGCGCCCCCUACUCCUACCCCUUGACCUGGAACACCCCCUCCGGGCCUCCCGGCUGCAACAUCGUGGUGAAGCCGGAGCAGAUCCCCUACACCGACCUCAGCAACACCAAGAUGGCCUGCAAGCAGAACAAUGCCUACAUCAUGCAGGAGGAGCAGCGAGAGAAACCCACCGCUCAGCACAGGCUGGAGGCUGCCAUCCAGACCUACACCCAGAACCACCACAGCCCACACCACCAGCACCAGGACAUCUCCAGCGCAGCCAAGGACAAGAAGAAGCAGCACAAGCCCAGCUCCAGCAGGAGGGGAGCCAGCAGCAGCAAGUCCCUGGAGGGGAAGUCCUCUGUUUGGAUUUAGAGACC